AUGCAAGUCUUGAUAUGUGAUCUUGAAGUUGUGAUGAGAUCCUCUGCUUCUUUAUCUUGUGACAAACUCACUCUUUCUUCCCAAUUUGGAUAUGAGAGGGCAGUAGGUACGAUUAUACGAAACAUGGAAAUUGCAUUGGGAGAUGUCAGUAUAAAUUUGGACGAGGAUUUGUUUUCUGAAAGCAAAAAAUCAUCAGCUUCUGUUCAAGAGGAAGUUGGAAUUUCAACUACUGCUGCCUCAUCUGCGAAGAAACCUCAGAAAGAACAUCGUGCAAAGUAUUUGUCGUCUUUUCCUGAAAAGGUUAGGUUUCCUGACAGUUUGGUCCCGCCAAGCAGGUUUCCUUCAGCUUACCCAAUCUGGAUAUCAGAUGUGGGAGAGAGUACACGGCUUGAUGUUCAGAUGGAACUCAGUGAGAUUCAUGUAUGA